GCCAGUCGACGGUCGGGUUAGAAACCCUGGAGACGCGCUGAGGGAGAGGCGGACAAAAUGGCGGCGCCGGCCGAGUGGGCUUCACUGUGCGAGAAGUUCCGCAACGCCCUCAACCUCUCCUACGUGGAGUCCAAGAAGGACCCGGAGACCGAGCCGUACCGCUCCAAGUACAGCGCCCGGGAGCUGCUCGAAGGCAUCAAGCAGUCGCUGGGCUCGGAGGAGGUUGGCGAGGCCGAGGGCGGCCCUGCGGAGGAGGGCGCUGAGGAAGAGCGCAUGCGUGCCGCGCGGCUGGCGGCGGUGGAGUACGAGCUGGGGAUGAACCACACAGACACGCAGGAACGCUCGGCCGGAGAGGAGCACCUGGCCAAGUGCCUCCAGCUGCUGGAGCGGCACCGCCUCUCGCGAGACUGCGUCUCCCUCUACAUCCAGGCCCAGAAUAAUCUGGGUAUCCUCUGGUCAGAAAGAGAGGACAUUAAGACAGCACAGCCAUAUUUGGAAUCUGCAGAGGCUUUGUAUAACCAGUACAUGAAAGAGAAUGGAAACCCUCCGCUUGAUUCCAGUGAGCAUUUUAUGACUGAAGAAGAGAAGCUUUCUGAUCAAGAAAGAUCAAAAAGAUUUGAAAAGGUCUAUACUCAUACGCUGUAUUAUUUGGCUCAAGUCUACCAACAUCUGGAAAUGAUUGAGAAGGCUGCACAGUACUGCCAUUCUACCCUCAAACGGCAGCUUGAGUAUAGUGGCUACUACCCAGUAGAAUGGGCUUUCAAUGCAGCUACCUUGUCCCAAUAUUAUCUCACAAAGCAAUGUUUCAUGGAAUCCAGGCAUUGUUUAGCUUCUGCCAAUGUCAUCUUCAGCCAGGCUGGGCAGGUGCCAUCUUCGGAGGACAAUGAGACAGAACAAGAUCAACAAGACCUUCGACAGAGAAAAGCUGAAAUUGCAAGAUGUUGGAUCAAAUACUGCCUGAAUUUGUUGCAGGGAGCCCGAAAGUUGCUUGAGGACAACAUUGGUGAACUGGAUCCAGACAGGCAGUCGGAGCUGAGAGCCCAGCAGAAAAAAGAGGAGGACGAGAAGGAGAAGGGCAGGAAGAAGGCUGUUCUCUUUGGAACCAGCGAUUUGUGUGACUCUAUUUUGGCCAUGGAAGAGAAAGUGAGCUGUGUGUUCCCAUUAGACUUCAAAGAAGCCAGGGAGGUCUUCUUAGUGGGCCAAAAUUAUGUCAAUGACGCAAAAGAGUUCUUUCAGGUAGAUGGGUAUGUCACUGACCACAUUGAGAUUGUUCAGGACCACAGUGCCUUGUUCAAGGUCCUGGCUUUCUUUGAAGAAGAUUAUGAGAGGCGUUGCAAGAUGCACAAGCGUAGGAUCGAUAUGCUGGAGCCCCUGUAUACGGGCUUAAACCCUCAGUAUUACCUGCUGCUCAGGAGGCAGCUUCUGUUUGAACUCGCAGAUACUUACUAUGAAAUGAUGGAUCUGAAAGUGGCCAUUGGCAAUAGGCUAGAGGAGCUUGACUCCCAUACCAUAAAGAAAAUAAAUUCUCUCGCUCAGAUGGCAAUGAAAUACUACGAGCUCUUUUUGGAUUCGCUGAGGAACCCCGAUAAGGUUUUCCCUGAGACCCUCGAGGAGGAUGUCCUUCGCCCAGCAUUGGUGGCCAAAUUCCAUAUUGCACGCCUUUAUGGCAAGUUUAUUACUUCCGAUGGCAAGAAGCAAUUGGAGAACAUGCAGGCCUCAUUAGAUAACUACUCCUUCCUUGUUGAGUACUGUGAGAAGCAUGCAGACGCCGCCCAGUGUGUUGAAACGGAGCUGGAGCUCAGCCGAGAAAUGGCCGGCCUUCUUCCGGCAAGAAUGGAGAGGCUGAGAGCAAAGCAGUCUACUUUCACCUAAACUCCCCCUCUUCCAUGGAGAUGUGCAAUAUUAAUGUGAUCUCUGUCCAUAGAGACGGCUUCCUUUUUUUGCCAGUUGCCUUGUAGUAAUCUGACAUCUUCUGUUGUGAGCUCCCACUGUGACAGUCAGCCCAGACCCCCGCUUCAAGUGGAAACCUGUCAACUGUAGUAACUCUCCCACACGUUAAUAUCAAAUAUACAGUGAAUGGUGAAGUGGUGCUCGAUAUUGCUUGCUCUGUACUGACAUGCAAAGCUCCCUGCCUUAUUCUCCCGAUUUCCACCAUGCAGUCCAGUUUCUGAUUUUUAAGUGCUGUUCUCCAACUGCUUCCUCCAGUAGGUUGUGUUCACAGUCUGAUCCAUCCUCACAAAUAGGUACUACAGCAUGGGCAGAAUUUACAAUUUCUCCUUACUUGUUCUUUGAGCCUUUUGUUAACAGAUUGUUAAUUUAAUUGUGUUAUGUUUAUUUUUGUAUAUGCUACUUGACUUUUUUUAAAUCCUUUAAUAGGAAACCAUUAAAUAAAGAGGACUGACAAUA